AUGGCUACCAGCCCAGCCACCAUUAUCACAAACAUCACCCGCCGAAGAACUGGCACAAUAGCCCAUCUCACCAUCUCUCGGCAAAAUAAACUAAAUGCCCUCAACACGGCCCUCCUUGAGAAAUUGCCCAAAGCAAUAGAAGAUUCCGCGUUUCAAAAUGCCGAUCUUCUCGGCAUAGUUCUUACAGGUGCAGGGAGUAAGGCUUUUGUUGGUGGUGCUGACAUCGCUGAGAUGGCAGCGUUGAGCUCCCCUUCUUCUGCCCGAACGUUCAUUUCUAAGGUACAUGAAGCUUGUGAUAGUGUGAGACAAUGUCCUGUGCCUGUUAUUGCGCGGGUAAAUGGCUAUGCACUUGGGGCGGGGUUGGAAUUAGCUGCGUCGUGUGACUUUAGAAUUGCAGGAUCGAAUGCUGUUUUUGGGAUGCCGGAGGUUAAGAUAGGGAUUCCUAGUGUUGUUGAGGCGGCUUUGUUACCUGGUUUGAUUGGGUGGGGUCAUACGAGGCAGCUUCUUAUGCUGGGAGAGAAUAUUGAUGCCCACGAAGCAUUACGAUGGGGCCUUGUUGAGAAGGUCACGGAGCCUGAUAACCUCGAUGAAGGUGUGGAAGUCUGGCUGCGUCAGCUUGAAAAGAAUGGACCAUUAGCUGUGAGGAGGCAGAAGACUCUCAUGCGAACUUGGGAGAACGUAUCUAUGGAUGAGGCUAUUCGCGCAGGCAUCGGUGCAUUCGGGGAGGCCUUUCUAGCAGCGAAGGGAGAGAAGACGGAGCCAACAAGAAUGAUGGAAGCUUUCUUUCAAGCCAAGAAAAAGGGUAGUAGUACAUGA